AUGUCUCCCUUCAAGGGGCCUACUUGGAAUGAGGCGGUCAAGCAGAGACUCAAGGAGAAGAAGGAUGAGGAGGAAUUGGCAGCAAAAAUGAAGGAGCACGAUUACUCGGAAUGCUACUGUCAUGCUCUGAAGAAACCUCCUUGGGGCGGUUACUCCAUUGAGGAACAGAUUUUAUAUGAGAUCAAGCAGCGCAGAAGAAGGGGCGGCCAAGGGAAGCGUCAAGCUACUGGAACUUCUUCUUACAAGUAUCUCAAGAAAGAUCAAGCGGCCAUUCUUGAAGAAGCCGCGGGCAAAGGAAUCCUCCAGACUACGAACUCCGAGCAGGAGCUUUUCAGUGAGCUAAUUGCCGCUCAGCUAGGACAUGUCAGCAUAUCUAAAGUGGAUAAAGCUCAUACACCAUCAACGCGCCUAGAAGAUCUUCCCAACGAGGUUCUUUGCAAGAUCAUCAGCAAUCUCGACCCCCCAGAGCUCGGCACCCUCUCGGAAGCUUCCAGAUGCCUCACCAUCGUGAUCGGCCCCGUACCAUGUGGCGAUGCUUUCGUGUGGGCAAGACACCGCUGUCUCAUCCACGGACACACGAGACAUGCUUCCCUCUGUGGAGAUUGCAUUGCUGCUCUCAUCGCAAGAAACAAGUAUGAUGUCCCCAUGAUUCUAUGUAAAAUCAAAGGCUUACUGCCCGUAGUCGCAGCAUUUGCAAGCAGAGUCAUGCGUCUUGGGUCAGUGCUUGGCACUCUUCGUAGGGAAAUGGGCCAACGUUUGCUGAGAUUUGAUCAGGGCAAUACCCGCCAGGUACGGGUUACGGUGGAUGUGAGAGCUAGAUAUGGAGAGGUUGUGGUGCCUUACUAG